AUGCAGCUGCUUCUCCAGGGCCGACAUGACAGCCAGGGACGCACCGGGAACACCGGGACCCCCGGAGCCGCCCCCGCGCCCCGCCCCGCCGCGACGGAAGGCUCCCCGAACAGCGCCGCCAUGCGGCACCGAGCGCACCCGCGCGCACGGCAACAAGGGAAACGUAGUCCACGCGCCGCUGCGCCGCGGGGCAUGACGGGAGCUGUAGUCCCCCGCCGUGGCGGCGGUUGCCGGGCGGGAGGAGCGCGCGGGAUGCGGCGGAGGGGAGGUCCCGGCGACCCCGCCGCCGCCGCCACCAGCCUGCCGCCGCUGGUGCAGGGCCCGCCGCGCUGCUUCCUGCGCUGCACCGUGCCCCGCGUGCUGUGGGCCGCCCCGCAGCCGCCCGCCGUGGUGCGCCUGCGGUGGUGGGGCGAGACCUCCGGCGGCACCGUGCUGCAGCCCGCCGGGCGGGCCGGGCAGCCCGCGGGCAGGACCAGCGCCCGCUUCGCCGUGCGCUGCGGGCCGCGGCAGCUCGCCGCCUACCUGGCAGAUAUGGGUGUUCUUGUCCUGGAGGUUCUGACCAAGCUUGACCACCUCCCCCUUGGCAGGGCACAGAUCACGAAACUGUCCCAGCUCUCUCCCAGCCAUCCCAUCAAAGGCUCUUUUGCUGUGGUGUCACCAACAUCAGAUAAACUCGGAGAGCUGCAGGUCUCCCUGGUUCUAGAGCCUCUGCCAGAACUGUAUGGCACCAGCAGCUCUGUGCUGACCACAGAAGGAAGUUUGGAUGCUGCUGCUGCUCAGGGAAGCAGCAAGUCCCAGAUUCCUGCUCCAUCCCAGCAGCCCAGGCACACACGAAUGGCUGUUGAGCAGGAGUCUGUUGACAACAGCAAAGCCACAACUCCUAGAGGAAAGGACCCUUUGCUCUACCAGGAGAACUCUGAGAACAUGAAGGACCCCUCUUCUGCCUCUCAUCAUCGUGGGAUUCUUCCAGAUGAGCCUUGGAAAAGGAAUCCUUCAGAGCAGCCCCUGUCCUUUCCCACCGGCACCGAUCCCGAGGCGCUUCCCAGAGGGAACACACAGGUGCUCUCCAUGCACAACCCAGCCACAAAAGACCUGCUGGCAGCUCUCUUGGAUCAAGGCAGUAAACUCCGUGAUGCCAUGGUUGUUUCUGCAAUGAAGUCCAGCCCAGACAUGGAGAUGGAACUGAAUAAAAUAUCACAUUUUGUAGAGAGAAAUGACUUUAAAGCACCAACAAAGAGCCCGAAGUGCUUGAAGUCCAGUUUUGAGCCCACUCCUGAAGAUCCCCAUCCCUUUGGAUCUGCAGUUUCAGGUCAGCAAUUUGACCUAAACUCUGAAGAAAGAGCAAUCCAGUUACUGCUGGGCAGCGCUGAUUUCUCUCCGGGGCACCUUUGGGACCGAACGGGCUCCCUGUGGGAUUCCCUCUCGCUGGGCAGUGAGGUGUGUGACAGUGAGCUCGGCGAUCCCCACUACGACCAGAGUCUGCUGGAGAGACUCUUCUACACAGCUCCUAAGUCUGAUUCCAGUUUGAGUGAUUUCCUCAGUGAUGAUGAUGUUAAAUCCUCAAAAAAAGCAUCCAAGACAGAAACUCUCAAAAAAGUGGGCCCGGUGAAUCCACAGAGGGAUUUUCAUGCCUUUGAUCAGAAUGUGACAGAAACUAAACCCAGCUGCUCUCCCACUGCUCCUCCAGAGGACCACAGAGAAAUGGCUCUUCUCACAUCCCUGGGUGCAGACAGGUUGGCAUUGCUGCAGCAAAUACACCUGGCCAGAGUCAUCAUUGUAAGCUUGAAAAUCCCUCCUGAGAGCAUCCAGAUCUCCACCAGGAGGAAAGGUUUGCUGGGGAAACCUCCACGGCCGAUGUCUGUUCAUAAGUGUACCUUCUUUGUGGAGUACCACUUUCCUGUCAGGGUCUCCAGGGAUGGUAAAGGACAGGUCUCCGUAACAACGGAAGCAAUUCGAGUGGCCUCAAGUAAAAUCACAGAUGAUGUGGUGAAAUUCCAGCAGCAGUCUGAGUUCCCUGUGUGGUUUGGAGGAGCGAUGAUCCAGCACUGGUGGGGCUCUGACCUGGCUUUUAAAAUCUACAUGAGAAAAAGCACACAGAAAAAGCCUGUGGCCAUUGGCUCGGCAGCACUUCAGCUCCGCAGGGCGAUUGAGGCUGAGCUGCUCAGUGUCAGCUGGGAAAUACCUGUGGAAAAAGAGGGAGAUCACACACAAGUGGGGCCACUAAAGGUGUCGCUGCAGCUCACAGCCGGCAGCAGAGGCUCAGCAGGGCUGCGGGGGCCCAGCAGGACUGGUGUCAGUGCAGGGAGCCCUCCCUGCCCCGGGAGCAGCCCUGCGGAGCUGCAGCAGCCUCGGGCAGGGCCCGGGGAGCAGGGCCUGCUGCUGCACAUGCUGCUGAUGGUGCCCGAGGGCAGGGAUUUCCCUGUGGAGAGCUGUGGGCUCCCCGGCUCCUGCAACGUGUAUUUGAACUGCAAGCUGCUCAGCACUGAGGAGGCAGCCAGGUCCGCUGUUGUCUGGGGCACAACGCAGCCCGCCUUCCACUUCUCUCAGGUGAUGCCUUUUUCGUUGACUUCCAAGCGCUUGGAGCGGCUGAAGAACAAUGUGAUGAUUAUUGAAGCCUGGAACAAGUUGGGAAGCCCUGGCUGUGACAAGCUGCUGGGAUUAGUGAAACUCCCUCUGCAUCAGUUUUACAUCUCCUUCAAGGAUCCCAGGAUUGCCCACCUGCUGCUGCAGGCGCAGUUCCCGGUGGUGGCCGUGGACGGGCUGGUGCCCGUGGUGGACGUGUUCCGCGGCAGCGCCAGCGGCAGCCUCAGGGUGCUGCUGGCCAUGGGCUCGGCUCAGCAGAUCGCGGCGCUGCAGAGGCUCCGGGCGGAGCGGGGAGCGGAGCCUCCGCCCCCGCAGCGCCCUCCCCACGCCCUGGACCGCCCUCCGGCAGAGCCCACAACGUUGGACCCAACAGGGGAGGACCUGAUGGAGCAUGUGUUUGAGAUCCAUGUGGAGAGUGUGAAGGGACUCAUGCCCUUGCAGUCCACAGUGUGGGGAGAAGCUGACUGCUACAUCCAGUACUAUUUCCCAGUUCAGGAGGCUGGCUGUGGUGCCCUGCAAGGACCUGGACUGCAUGAGGAUGGCAUCACAUUAAAGCCAUUUAGAACAGCUACCACUUUGUGUGUCCCUGAUCCCAUCUUUAAUGACGAGCAUCAUCAUUCCCUGUUGGUUCCUGCUGAUGUCCCAGUCCAGAGGCUGCUGGUCAGUGCAUUUAUGGCAGCAGGAGCAGCAGGAGGAGGAGGAAUCCAGUUUGAAGUCUGGUGCAGGUAUUAUUACCCAAAUGUCAGAGACCAGCUGGUUGCCAAGGGGGCCUUGCCUUUGUCACGGCUCUGUGCCAUGGUGACUCUGCAGCACCGUGAGGAAAUAGGGAUACAAACUUUUAAUCUUCCCCUGGUCCCCCGCACUGAUUCCUCACAGGAAUUUCAUCUGCGCUCUUCAGGUUUGCUCGAUGUGAGUGUGAGGUACCAACGAUCCAUGAAAAGAGCAGCAGGAGUAACUGCUCAGGCUGUGUCACUUUCUGUGCAGAUACACAGGGCAGCUGGUUUGCAAGCAGCAGCCAGAGCUGUGGCACAGAGGAACCCCUCUGUCCAGUACCAUGCCGGGCUGGGAGUGAACGCCUACGUGUGCGUGCUGCCGUCCUUCCUGCCGCAGGCGCGGGUGUGCAGCACGCGCGCCGUGCCCGCCUCCUUCUGCCCCGAGUUUGGGCAUCACUCCGAGUUCCCCUGUGACCUCAUUGUUCAGAAAAGCACUGGAGAGACCUCUUCCCUGGGGGAGCUCUUGCAGUCUGCCAGUAUUCUUUUCUCCAUCUACCAUCAGAGCACCAAGUCAGGCACUGACAAAUUGGCUGACAGAGCAUCUAGAGAUUAUCUCCUUGGGACAGUCUCAAUUCCAACCAGAGACCUGCUGACGAGAAGAUCAGGUAUUUGGGGCUGGUACCCCGUGACCCUCUCGGAAGAUGCCGUGCCUCCACACUGCACCAGGCCCCUGCGGGCCGUCGUGGGAGGGCUGGAGCUCUCGGUUGCCUUUGCCCAGCAGGGUGACAGGGAGCGCGUUCUGGAGGCUGCCAGGCUCCUGGGCUGGAGCAGGGAGGAGGCCCAGGAGGACAGCGAGGACGAGAGCGGUGCCUGGGAGCAGGAGGCCGGGGCGGUGGCGGUGACCAUCGCCACCCCCCGGGUGUGGCUGCCGCUGCACUGCGUGCUGCUGGCCGGGCAGACACGGCUGCACAGCAGCACCCACUGCUACCUCAGGUACAGGCUGUACAACCAGGGAGCCACCUGCACGUGGCUGAAGCGCCCCAAACUGAGCGACGACGCAGAGAGUGUGACGGUGACCUUCAGGAAACCCAGCAAGGUGACGCUCAGGAGGAGCCGGGGACUGCUGUGGUUCUUCAGAGAGGAGAAAUUAGAAAUCCAGGUGUGGUGGGCGUAUGGCAAGGAGAGUGAGGUGGAAAGACCACUUGACACAGAUCGUCUUAUUGGGUCUGCCUACGUCAACCUGGCAGCGUUAGCAGAGACGUCGAGGACAACACUGAGUGUCAGUGGCGUUUAUCCCCUGUUCAGAUGCAAUGCCGCAGACCUGGCGGGAGCUGCCGUGCGUGUGCACGUCAGCCUUGCUGCUGCUCCUGCCGCUCCUGCCGCGCUGCCCGUGCUGCCCUGUGCCCAGGAGGGCAGCAGCAGUGAGGAUGGGGGCUCGGGGGAAACCCCUGGGCCAACCCAGCAGGGUUCUGACAAGCAGCACGUGGAUACUGGGAGCUCAGGGAUCACCAGUGGCCAGCCACAGGAGGAGGACAUGAUGUUCCUGGAAAACACAGUUGCUGUCCAUAUCCUUGUGGAAAGAGCAAUGCAUCUAAGUUUAAAAGGAAGCCCCUUGACAGAACGUGAGGUCGCAGCCCCCAGUAGCUGUGUGUCGUUUGCUGUGGCUGGGGCAGAUGCUGCAGUAACCACUCCAGUGGUAGAAAAUACAGACUGCCCAGUCUGGGACUUCCAGCAGCAGGCAAGAUUAUCCAAAGAGCUUCUCCUGGAUCCACAGCAAACCUUGGUCUUCAAAGUGUGGCAUAAAGCAGAGUCGGAGCGGGUGAUAGGAUUUGCCUCCGUGGACCUGUCUCCUCUCCUCUCGGGGUUCCAGCUGGUGUGCGGGUGGUACAACAUCACCGACUUCAGCGGGCAGUGCCGCGGGCAGAUCAAGGUGGCCGUGUCCCCCCUGCAGAGCAUAAACAGCCUCAGGGAAGAGAGGCAGGCCAGGGCCCGGAGCCAGCCAGAGAGCUCUUCUGUGAAGGUCAGCUUUCCAGCUUGUCCUAGUAAUUCUACAAACCUGUCCAAGCAGAUGUUGAAUUCCUUGUCGAAGGAAGUCAGCGUUCCUGCUCGAGAGCGCAGGGUCAGCCCCCCCGGCCCGCACACACCUCGGCACGAAGAGCACGUGCGGAAUGUGCGCAGAUUCCACGAGUCCCUGCAGCAGGCGGAGGGAAACGCGCGCCGGGCGGCCGGGCUGGACACGGCCUCACACGCGGCCGGGCUGGACAUGGCACCGCCGGCCCCACGCACAGCCAGGCUGGACACGGCCCCACGCACGGCCAGGCUGGACACGGCACCGCCGGCCCCACACACGGCCAGGCUGGACACGGCCUCACAUACAGCCAGGCUGGACACGGCACCGCCGGCCUCACGCGUGGCCCUCCUCACCGCUCUCAGAAAAAACCUGAGCGAGCUGGAUGAGGUUCAAAGAUACUUCACUGAGAAGCUGACCAGGUCUUUUCCUGACUUCAGCACUUCCACACCAAGCCAUGAGGAGUGGGAGAGGGACCAUCAGGGCUCGAUGAGCAGAGAAGAGAAUCCCAAAGGCUGCCAUCUUUUGGAAAAAUCCAGUCAGUUGGUGUCUCAGGUCAGCAGCCUAAUCAAUGACUUGCAGAGUGUAACUGAAAAUAGCAGAGAAGCUUCUAAUGUGCAUCAAGACAGCAGCAGGAGGCUGGCAGCUGUGGAUGUGCCCAGCUGGAGGGAGGAGGGAGCCAGCCCUGAGGGGCAGCUGGAGCCGGAUGCCGCCGGCGUUUGGAGGGACGCGCGCCCUGCUGGGAGAGCUGUGUUUGAGAGACACAUGUUGCACCAACUGCUGGGCCCCCUUGUCCCUGAGGAUGGGGAUCCAGAGGGUUACAUCCAGGAAAAUGAAGGUGCUUUUGCCAUCCAGCCACACAGUGACGAGGAAUAUGAAGAAGAUGUCAUAGAACCACGAACGCUCAAUGAAAUAACGACCGGAACAGACAGGACGAGCCCCUGGUCCAGCGUGGUCUCUGAAGCAGGGCAGGGGGCUGAGCAGCAGCCUCUAGAGCCCAGGCCUGAGGACCAGCACUCCAGAGAUGGAGAUUGUUUCCAAAGAGGGGACAGCAGCACCUUGUCCAGCAUCUUGCAGAGGGACAGCCAGAGCGUGCUCAGCACCCUGAGCCCGCCCAGGAGCCCCCACGCAGGUGGGACCCGUCCCUGGGGAGCAGCAGGAGACUCCCAGAGCUUCAGCAGCAGCGCAGGAACAGUGAGGAGGGAGCCGCCUCUGCCCGCCGGGCAGAGCCUCUGCAGCAGAGCACUGAGCACUGAACCCACAAAGAAAAGUGUGGAGCUCCAUGCAGGCCCCAGGGAGCUGCUGCUCUGCCCAGGAGACACGGGUUUGACCAAUCAAAAAACUACUGAGACAGAGGAGAGGGAGGAUGCUGAGGUUGUAGAUGAAGGUCAUCGAGGCAGGGAAGGAAGUGGUUCUGAUGAGAACUGUGUUCACAGUGUAUCAGCCCAAGCUGGCUCCGAGAGGGACAGUGAGAGCUUCCCUGAUGACAGCAGUGAGGACCCUGUGGAAGGCUCAGAAAACCCCAUCAAACCAAAAAUCACUUUAUCUGAUCCUGUUGUUGUUCCCAACUUCUUCCUUCCACCCCAGGAGAUGGAAGCCUCCAUGAGACUGCUCAGCACUUCUUCUCAUCCUUCCACGUCUCCAAAAAGCAGGAGUGGAGCAGUGCCCGCAGGAAUCCCCUACCGCAGGGGGAGCCGGCCCAGGCCCAGCCCCGAGCUCUCGGAAGAGGAAGCCAAAAGAAUCGCCAGGAUCUUCUCUGCCCAGCUCUCCAAGAAGGAAUAGUGCUGGCCAGAGACCGCCCGCAGCAGAGCUUCCUAACCAUGGCCCAGUGCACUGGCAAAGGCUGAGCCCUCCAGAAAAGGGGAGGCGAAGGCCACAGCUUCCAGGCUCUGUUUCUAGGUUGUCUAAUUGGUUAGUUA